UCUGGCAGCAACCGUCUCUUGGCCAGCGUGUGUCGCGAGGCUCAAGCGCACUUAGCACAGCUAGCGCGAGGCGCCGUUCACUUCAUUGAGAGUUAGCCGUUAGCUCGUUUGAAGACUGAUGAUGGCGGCGGUGCGCAGCCUGCGGGUCUCGGUGAAGUCCGAAAGCGCGUCCGAUCGCUCAGAGUCCGAAUCGGAAUCAGACUCGGAUCGAGAUGCCCGGGAAGCGGAGCCCAUGGAAGUGGAGGAGGGAGAGCUGGAGUCCAUCCCUGUUCGCCGAAGUUUAAAGGAGCUUUUGCCGGACACCAGCCGACGCUAUGAAAAUAAGGCUGGAACCUUUAUCACUGGAAUCGAUGUCACGUCUAAGGAGGCCAUUGAGAAGAAGGAGAAGCGAGCAAGAAGAUUUCAUUUUAGCGCAGAGGAAAAUCUGGCGCAGAAGAACGUUGUUCUGGACCGGGAUGUGUUGAAAAAAGCGAUCCCAAAUGUGCGUCUGGAAGCCCUAUACAUGGCUGGAGUUGAUGACAUGAGCACUCAAGAUGUUUUUGGCUACUUUAAAGAGUAUCCACCUGCCCACAUCGAGUGGAUCGAUGACGCUUCCUGCAACGUGGUGUGGCUAGACGACAUCACUUCAACCAGAGCUCUCAUUAACUUGAGUCGGAUGCCAGACAAAGCCGAGGUCACAAACGCCAACAGCUCGAAACCCUCUGCACUUCCAGUCCAGCCAGAGAAAGUUCGGCGAAGCCGUGGCUCUGAUGAGGAUGAUGAUGAGGAUGAGGAGGAGGAAGGAGAGGUCGAUGAUGAAGAUGAGGUGGUGAAAGUGGAUAAGAGCAGGAGCAGUGAUGGCAGCGAGGGUAAAGCUAGCGACAUUGAGGAAGAGACAGAAAAGAAAACACAGGACACUGCAGAGGCAAGCCUGCUGUCCCAAGCAGAGCGAGAAUCUCUCCUCCGGAAUGAUCUGCGGCCUACAACCAAGCCCUUCAAAGGCAACAAGCUGCUCUUGCGCUUUGCCACCCAAGAUGACAAAAAGGAGUUGGGUGCAGCUAGGAGAAGUCGGUACUACAUGAAAUAUGGCAAUCCAAACUAUGGCGGCAUGAAAGGCAUCUUAAGUAACUCUUGGAAACGCAGGUAUCACACACGGAGAAUCCAGCGGGACGUUCUGAAGACCAAAAAGCCUCUGAUCGGAGACAGUAUGGGACACACCCCACCUUACACUCAUCGACACUCUGCUGACCUGGUGAAUUUGCCAGAAGAGCCUAUAGUGGAAGAAGAAGAAGAGGAUGAGGAUGGAGAGGAAGACAUGGAUGCUGAUGAUAGAGUGGUGGAGUACAAAGAUCGGGGGGAACGGGGACCACGGCCCGUGGAAGGAGGCGUGCGCGGUCGCUUAGGAAGCCCGUCGCCCGCAUCUUCAGAUUCAGAUGAGAUGGACUACGAUCUGGAGCUGAAAAUGAUCUCAACGCCUUCUCCUAAAAAGAGCAUGAAGAUGACCAUGUAUGCCGACGAGGUUGAAACCAACCUUCGCACUCUCCGGAACUCCAUACGGACCGAAACAAGUAGCAGUGUUAGGAGUCGCAUUGGAGGUGGUGAAAGAGAAGGAGCAGGAGGAGGAGGCUCGUCCAAAUCUACGUCAGACAAAGUGACCGAUGUGAGGCAGUUGCUGGAGGAGAAGAGGCAGGGACUCUCUCAACAGAGAUCACGGCCCCCAGUGGCUACAUCCGUCAAGACUGAUGUGAGACAGAGAUUAGGAAAGAGACCACACUCUCCGGAGAGGCGUCGCUCCGUCUCUCCCGUCAUCUCUAGAAACGCAGUGUCUCGGAGAGAGCCUUUGACUGACGUGCGCAGCCGUCUCGGUGUAGCUAAACACGAGAGCCGUAGCCACUACUCGGAGUCCUCGAAAGACAAGAAAAGAGGCGGCUUGUGGAGUCGUCUCGGCCCAUCUCACAAGGACAGCGGGGACGAUGACAAGACUUCUUCUCGAGCGACUUCCUCAAGAGGAAUAAGGCGUCGAGAUGAGGAAUCUGACGGAGAUGAAGAUGACAACGAAGAGGAUGACACUCAGCUGCAGAAGGUGUGGGGAGCAAUGAUCAAACAAAAGGAGCAGCAGUCCAACAAGAUGAAGAAAAGCCGGCUGGACAACCUUCCCUCGCUGCAGAUCGAGAUCAGUCGAGACAGCAGCAACGGCUCGGACAGUGACUCCUGACUGCUAUUACUGUAGGAAGAGUGGGAAUGGGUGAAAUGAUAAAUGCUGUGGAAGAGAGUUGGAGAACAUCUCGAAUAGACUGGGCCAAGAGACCCUGACAUGUAUACCUAAACAUUCCCACACUCCCACCUCUUGCCACCAGUCUACAAACAUUGCAGAUGUUCUCCUGAGUCCUCUCUCCAGGAACUGACUCUGAGGGUGCUAUUUGGAAAAAGAGAGGGCAGAUCGUAAUUAUUAUUAUUUUUUCUUCAUUUCAAAGAAAGGGGAGUGAAUGAAUCCUCAUGUUUUGUUUUUCUUCAAAAGAAAAUGAUUGGAUUGGAUUUAACACACACCAAGGGGCCCAUUUUUAAAUAUACAGCGAUGCACCAGGUUGACAAACAGUCCCCUGAUUUGAUAAAUGUACUGACUGGAAAUGCAAUGUGAUUGGAUGUCUAUUAGCAGUACGUUUUCUUCAUUUUGUCAGUGUGGUUGGUUUAAGUUCAUGUUACAUUAUUAUGAAUGAAACGAAAAAAUGAUUUCCCCCAACCCCCGGUCGGUGCAAGCAUUUUUACAUAUAUAUAUAAAUGGAUGGGUCAGUCCUUCAUUGUAUACAGUCCUAUGAUAGGAACAAAUAAUGUAGCCAAUGUAAUGAUAAUUUUCCCCAAAGGAAUGGUCUACAUUCCCUAAAUAUGUGUGGUCAGUGAAACAUACAAGAAUAAGCAUUGUAUGUUGGAAUAAAAGUCAUUUUUUACAUUGAA